AUGGAGAUUAUUGAAGCGAUGUGUACAUCAGACAAUGCGGUUUCAGCCCUAACCUUCAAAAGUAGUCAAGUAUGUUUACUUUCUGUGGAACAAGAAGGAUCAGAAGUGAAAAAUGUUCCAGCUGCAGAGAGUAAAGGUUUCAAAUUUGAUACAGAAGAUGGAGAUAGAGUUAUUCCUGGUUUUCUUGAUGCCAUAAUUGGAAUUCAAGGAGAUGAAACAAAAUCUUUCUUGUCAGAUUCAUGGAAACAACAAGAUCUACGUGGCCUUCCUUGUCAUUUUACAGUUGAAUGUAAAUUGAGAACUACCAGAGAUGAAUAACUCCAUUGCUGAUAAGCUUCUUACUGGAUGCAC